ACAUCACAAGACUUGCAGGAAACCCACUCACCCUCCUAUUUCCUUCUACAAAGCUGAAAAAGCUGCAAUUGGGAGGGACUCUCAGAUAGCUCUGGUGGUCCUUUCUGUUCCUUUUGGAGUUGACAUUUGAAUGUGUUGGAGGAGAAAAAUAAUCAUCAUAUAUUCUCCUUUCAUACUCUUUAAAUCACAGGAAAAAGCAGCUUUAAGAAAAAUGUACCGGCCAGGACUUCUCACAUAAAACUGAAUAGAAGUGGUGAUCGUUGGCAUUCUUUUUCUGUUUCUGAUCCCAGAGUAAAAGCUAUCAGCAUUCACCAUUAAAUAUGUUUGCUAGUUUUUUUUUAAUUACAUUGAGGAAAUUCCUUUUAUUCUUAGUUUACUAAGUUUUUGAUUAUGAAUUGAAGUCAAAUUUCGUCAAAGGCCUUUUCUGCAUCUGCUAAGAUACUAAAAGCCUCACCAAAUGGAAGUAGACUGGGAGUUCCCUUGCUCCAUGAUGCUAUUAUGUACAUCUAACGCCAAGUCAGUACUAAUAAUGAAGAUGGCAUUUUCCAUACUAAGUGAUGAAAGUUAAAGGACUGAACCAAAAUGACAACUGCUCAAUUUGAUUGUCAAUACUGCACAGCAUCACUUCUUGGGAAGAAGUAUGUACUAAAGAAUGACAAUCCAUAUUGUGUCUCAUGUUACGAUCGUAUCUUUUCUAACUAUUGUAAAGAGUGCAAAGAACCAAUCAAAUCAGAUUCCAAGGAUCUUUGUUACAAAGGCCGAAACUGGCAUGAAGCAUGCUUCAAUUGCGCCAAAUGCAAUCACUCUCUGGUGGAAAAGCCUUUUGCUGCCAAGGAUGAACGUCUGCUGUGCUCGGAGUGCUAUUCUAACGAGUGCUCCUCCAAGUGCUUCCACUGCAAGAAGACCAUCAUGCCUGGUUCCCGCAAAAUGGAAUUUAAGGGAAACUACUGGCAUGAAACCUGUUUUGUGUGUGAGCAUUGCCGACAGCCAAUAGGAACUAAGCCUUUGAUUUCCAAAGAGAGUGGCAAUUACUGUGUGCCAUGUUUUGAGAAGGAGUUUGCUCACUACUGCAGCUUUUGUAAGAAGGUGAUAACUUCAGGUGGGAUAACGUUUCGUGACCAACCGUGGCAUAGAGAGUGUUUUCUGUGCAGUGGCUGUAGGAAAGAGCUCUGUGAAGAAGAGUUUAUGUCCAGAGAUGAUUAUCCAUUCUGUUUGGACUGCUACAACCAUCUUUAUGCUAAAAAGUGUGCAGCCUGCACCAAACCCAUUACUGGUCUCAGAGGUGCCAAGUUCAUCUGUUUUCAAGACCGCCAGUGGCACAGUGAAUGCUUUAACUGUGGGAAGUGCUCGGUCUCCUUGGUGGGGGAAGGCUUCCUGACCCAGAACAAGGAAAUCUUCUGCCACAAAUGUGGCUCUGGAUUGGACACUGACAUCUAGACGGCGGCAAUCUUUCUUCACCUGAAGUCCACCUUGCUUGUGUUCUCACUAAAUCCAGAAUGUGCUUGAAGUAGUAUUUCUGACUUACAUUUUAGCAAAUAUUAAUGUAGAGUUUAUAGCAGAAGGAAUUUUGCACACAUUCUGAUUGAACUAUAUCAUAAGAGCUCAGAAAAAGCACAGUGGAACAGGAAUGAAUAUAGCCUCACAAAGGCAUCUCUCCUUGCAAAACACUGCACUCUGCUGUUAAAAACAAAGGAAAAUAUCUCCUUAUGGUAAUCAAACACAUGACCUAUACCUAGAAGUCAUGGAUGAUAUUAUCGAAGAGUGAUGUUUUUCAAAACUGCAGAGUAAAAAAGGAAAUUAAGAGAUUAAAUUAACAGGCACACGUGAAGCUAAUGUUUGCAUUCCUAGCUAGCUAGUGAUAUAUAAUGUGAUAGAUUGGCUAUUCAUGGUAGAAGAACAAAACCUAUCAGGGAAAACUGAUUAGUAAUCAUCCUAUUUGAGAAUUCUGUCACUUUAUCAUUCUUUUAUUCACACAUACUGACUUUGGAGUUGCAAAACAAAGCUGCAAUUUACCCUCAUCUACACUGCUUUCACAGCUGGUUGAUUCCAUGUUUAACAAAUGGAAACAAGAAUUUGGACACUAUGGCUCUCAUACUCUGCAUGGGUAUAAAGGGGUCCUCUCUACCUAGGGAUAGUCCCAGGCUAGGUUUCAACACAUGUUAUAUCAAAUGCAUUUUCAAAGCCCACAGUGAUUUUUCUAAAUACUUAACAGAUUCCAUGAAAGAGAAGUCUCUUGCUUCAAAUCAGCUAACCAGGGUAAUCAUUGUCCCCAAAGGCAAACCUUUAAAGUAAAUAGAUCAUUAAGUCAUCACUUGUGGAAAUGAGUUUUAGGGAAGGGAUUGAGUGAUGGAACAUGACUUUCAUCCAGAUAUCUAAAGGCAUAAUAGAAUGCAUAAUUAACUCUGAGCUUCAUGCAUUUUGCCUUCUAAAAUUACAUAGAUGAUUAAUGGGAAGACAUAAAAUUGGGCUUUAACGAAAUCUAGUAAUAAUAAGAAGUGAGAAAGAAUAAUUCACUGCUGAUAAUUCAGGGCCUGCAAAGCAGUACAAUACAGCAAUGUGGGCUGUGGAUGAGCCACCCCCCCCCACUGUUGCUCCAUACCUGUGCCACCCACCUCACCCCAUGCCAACCAUGUCCCAAGAAUUCCAAUCUCCUGCAUGGCCCAGAGGUGCACUCCCAACCCUGAGCAGCCAUUUUACAAAUAAGUCAGUGUUUAUUGGUCACCAGAGAAGUAACAGCCUUUAGUGAAAAGUUUGUUACCAUAUGUGUAUCUUUCUAUCAGACAUCAACUGACGAUGGCUCUACCUAGCUGCUCCUGGGCAAUAUUUUCCAUAUUAUGAGGGACAAAUGAAAGGCAACCUCUUUUCUCCAUGGUUAAUUAUUGUCCUUGUUAUAGUGUCACUUAGCUGGAGUAGAGGGAGGUCAGGAGAAGAAACACAUGCAGACAUAACAUUUUUAAAGUGUCUACUCUCAGAUUACCGCAUACCAGUAAAGGUUCUGAUUGAAAUCUAAUUAUAUGAUGUAGCUGAUUACAAUGAUUAAAAUAGUAUCACAGGAGAUGCAAUGUAAAUUGUUAUGGAAACACAAUUUUUGAGAUAGUUCAAAAUGCAAGGACGUUUGGAGAUGCUAACAAUUUAGAACUGCUAAUAAAAGGUCAGGCUACAAAGGCUAUUUGAAAGAUAUAACUAUCUUUUUUUUUUUGGUACUAACACCACCAAGAUAAUUUUUCACAUUCACAGUAUAAAAUGUAGGUAAAACUAUCAAUAUUUUUCCUGCAUUGUUUGAAAUUGCAUGUAUAGAACUAAAUAUGCCAAUUGUUCUAUGAUCCAGAACAUAAUAGUGCAUUAUAUAUUUAGAAAACCAAGCCCUUCUAGGUCUGGAUAAAUAUACAAUAUGUAAUAUUGCCACAGUUAACCAAUUAUAGAAAAACAGGCAAAAUGUAAUGUUUUCUGAGUUAAACAAUUAGUAAUGUUCAAGCAUUUUUCCUUGUGUAUGGGGUGAGUAUGCACAUGAUCAGGCUUGCAUUCUAUCUGUACAAUCAAAAUUCACAAUAAUUUCUGAAAUAGAGAUUCUUUUAUCCUUUGAUACAUAUGCUUAAGUAUAUAUAUUUUCACAUAUAAAUAAUUCCAUAUUUAGAAUAUAGCUUCAUUAUCAGAUAUGUAUGUACCGUGCACAGAGUUAGAGUUCAAACUGUUGUGGUUCUGGGGUGGUGGGAGAUCAGGGUACGGAAAUGCGAGAUUGCCACGUACAGAGAUCUUCCCAGUAGCUGAUAAACAGUGCCACUGUGGAUGUAAUACACAUAUGCAAAACAAUGAAGAAAGAAGCCCUCAUUAGACUGCCAUACACACAAAGAUACAAGUAAAAAAUCCUAUACUGUAUCCUAUAAUUGACUUCGGGUCAGUAAAGAGAAAAGCUCUCAAACUGACCUAUCCAAAGAUGAAAGAUGGAAUAGACUGUCUCAGGAAGCAGUGGCACCCGGUGAUUCAAGGAGUGACAUCUGCACAAGCAGGAAAGCAGUUAGAAGCCGAUCCUGUGUGCUAAUAACAACCAGAUGGUUUGGAAGUAGCCAAGAGACUGUGCCAAAGAGCAAAAAGAAAUGACAUAGCUAAAAGAGAAAAGGUCAGAUGAAGACAGAAUAUUAACUCAGGAUAAAAGCUUUAUAUUUGAUAUAACAGGCACUAGAAAAUUACUAACUGCUCUUAAACAGAGGAGAAAAGCAUUACGCCUGUGUUUGAGGAGCAUUAUGCUAAUGAGUCUGUAUGGCCUAGAACUGAAGAGGGCAGGAUUUCAAAGGCUAAGUCUCUUAAUGCAGUAUCACGUUUGGUGAGUGGCUACAGAAAAGAAAGAAGGAGCAAUGGGUAAUGCAGGCCAAGAGCUAUCGAUGAGAAUACAAGUCAACAAAUCAAAAUAUUUUAUGUUAUCAUGUUAGGAUCAAAUACGACAAAGAAAAAUGCAGAAAAGAAUUUCUAUUUCCAUAAUAAUAGGUAGGGUACGCAAGGUUUCAAUUUUCACUUAACAAGAUCAAAACAUGUUAUACUGGAACAAUCUAGGUUCAUGGGUUAAGUGAAGUACGAUAGGGUACCAUCAUGGAUUCAAAACUUACACAGUCACUAUAACUUAAAAAAAAGAAACAUUAAGUUAUACACCGGAAUGAAAGGUUGGUCAACCAUUUUGAAAAUGCGUAACGUUGUCACAAAUGGUGUUGGUUAAAAAUUGUUGUGAAAUAUAGAGCCACAAAUAAAAAUUCAACCUAAAAACAUAUAUCUGAUGUUACUAACAACAUUUUUUAAUUUAAGAAAAAAGGUAUUUUUUAAUCUACUUGCAUAUUGAUAGUAAUUCAUAUUUUAAAUAAAAUGAUUGUGACGGUAUGUUUUAGAUAUAUUUAAGUGAGCACAUAAAUUAUUCUCAAACACAUUUAGAUAGAUAUUUACUAUUAUAAUAACAUAGUUUUUACUUGUUUUACAAAUUGUUAUUUUCAGAAGUUUCUUAUGCCGAAUAAAUUUGCAUAGU